AUUCCCUUAAUUAGUUUUUUUAGAUCUGUUUAACUCAUCAACUUGCACGUUAUCUCUGUUAUUUGUAUUUCUCGAAGAAUGCAAAAUAACAAGUUCUAAACUUGUUUACUUUGUAGAAAGGUUGACUUAAAGACUUGUGAGUAGUUUAUGUGUAAUAAACACGGUAUUUAGAUUUAUGUGGACAGUAUAAGAUGGGAGAUUUCUUUGUCCAUUAAUUCUUCUUUUUUUGUUUCCAUUCUCGUACAUUGAGUCAACGGUCUAUUUUAGAGCUUGUUUAUAUUCAAAGAAGCAGUCUGAACAUCUUAAGAGGUUUUAGUUUAUUUUUUUCUCUUAGUCUCUCUCAAUGCUGAGUUCAUCCACAUGAAGUUUUGAAGAGAUCUUUGUAGGAGGAAGAGGAAUAUACAAGAAAAAGAUGGGUAUGGUUUUAUUUGCUUGCUUUCUCUUACUAAUCAUAUUCCCAACUUGUGGUUAUGCAGCUAUAAACACAACAAGUCCUUUGUCAAUAGGACAAACUCUGAGUUCCCCUAGUGGGUUUUAUGAGCUAGGCUUCUUCAGUCCUAAUAAUACUCGGAAUCAGUAUAUUGGGAUCUGGUUUAAGAAGAUUGUUCCUCGGGUUGUCGUGUGGGUGGCUAACAGAGAUACGCCAGUUACAAGCUCUGCAGCAAGUCUCACUAUCAGCAUCAAUGGGAGCCUGAUCUUGCGUGAGGGGAAACGAGAUGUUAUUUGGUCAACAGGAGAAGGUUUCACUUCCAACAAAUGUCAUGCGGAGCUGUUAGAUACUGGAAAUCUUGUUGUGAUUGACGAUGUUUCAGGGGAAAAACUAUGGCAAAGUUUUGAGAAUCUUGGUAAUACUAUGCUGCCUCAGUCAUCGUUGAUGUAUGAUAUUCCUAAUGGCAAGAAGCGUGUGUUGACUACAUGGAAAAGUAACAGCGAUCCGUCUCCUGGGGAGUUCUCACUGGAGAUUACACCACAAAUCCCAACACAGGGACUUAUAAGAAGAGGCUCAGUACCUUACUGGAGAUGUGGUCCGUGGGCGAAAACAAGAUUCUCUGGGAUAUCUGGAAUUGAUGCAUCAUAUGUAAGUCCAUUCAGCGUUGUCCAGGAUAUAGGAGCUGGCACAGGAACUUUCUCUUAUUCCACGUUAAGAAACUAUAAUCUUUCAUAUGUUAAAUUAACACCAGACGGGCAUAUGAAGAUCCUCUGGGAUGAUGGAAAAACUUGGAUGCUUCACUUGUCUCUCCCAGACAACCCAUGUGAUCUAUAUGGUAGAUGCGGGCCUAAUGGUUUGUGUGUGAGAUCUAAUCCCCCAAAGUGUGAGUGCGUGAAAGGGUUUGUACCAAAGUCUGAUGAGGAGUGGCGAAAAGGAAACUGGACAAGUGGGUGUGUUAGACGUACUCUACUGUCUUGCCAGGCAGACUCUUCUUUGAAAACAAAAGGAAAGGACACAGAUAUCUUCUAUCGUAUGACCGAUGUAAAGACUCCGGAUCUGCAUCAAUUUGCAAGCUUUCUCAAUGCAGAACAGUGCUACCAGGGUUGUCUAGGCAACUGUUCUUGCACAGCCUUUGCCUAUAUUAGUGGAAUUGGAUGCUUGGUUUGGAAUGGGGAGCUUGUAGACACAGUACAGUUUUUGACUAGUGGAGAGACUCUCUUCAUUCGUCUUGCAAGUUCAGAAUUGGCUGGAAGCAGUCGAAGGAAAGUUAUUGUAGGUACUACUGUCAGCCUUUCCAUUUUCGUGAUCUUGGUCGUUGCCGCAUUUCUGUUGCGGAGAUACAGAGCGAAACAAAAUGAUGCACGGAAGAAAGGUUUUGAACCACAAGAUGUCUCAGGCGUCAAUUUCUUUGAGAUGCAUACAAUACGAACUGCCACCAAUAACUUCAGUUCCUCAAAUAAACUUGGUCAAGGUGGAUUUGGUCCAGUUUACAAGGGAAAGUUGGUAGAUGGGAAGGAAAUAGCUGUUAAACGUCUUGCUAGUAGCUCUGGUCAGGGUACAGAGGAGUUCAUGAAUGAAAUAACACUGAUCUCAAAAUUACAACAUAGAAACUUGGUUCGGCUUUUGGGAUACUGCAUCGAAGGAGAAGAGAAGCUAUUGAUUUAUGAGUUCAUGGUUAACAAAAGUCUCGAUAUUUUUAUAUUUGAUUCAUCUCUAAAGUUCGAGCUUGAUUGGCCAAAGAGAUUCAAUAUCAUUCAAGGUAUUGCUCGUGGACUCCUCUAUCUCCACCGUGACUCACGCCUCAGAGUUAUUCACCGUGACCUGAAGGUCAGCAAUAUUCUUCUUGACGACAAAAUGAACCCAAAAAUAUCGGAUUUUGGACUGGCUCGGAUGUUUCAGGGAACUCAAUAUCAAGACAACACUCGCAGAGUUGUAGGAACUCUAGGAUAUAUGUCUCCUGAGUAUGCAUGGGCAGGGUUGUUCUCUGAGAAGUCCGACAUCUAUAGUUUCGGAGUUCUGUUGUUAGAAAUCAUCAGCGGGAAGAAAAUUUCACGGUUCAUAUAUGGUGAUGAGAGCAAAGGCCUUCUUGCAUAUACAUGGGAUGCUUGGCUUGAAACCGGGGGAUCAAAUCUUCUGGACAGAGAUCUUACUGACACAUGCCAAGCAUAUGAAGUAGCGAGAUGUGUUCAGAUUGGUCUGCUCUGUGUUCAACACGAAGCCGUUGACAGACCAAACACCCUUCAAGUACUAUCCAUGUUUACUUCUACAACAGAUCUUCCGAUACCAAAGCAGCCAAUAUUUGCAGUGCAUACUCUUAACGAUUUGCCAAUGUUAGAGGCUCAGUCUCAUGAGUUCUUCUCUGCAAAUGAGAUAACACAAUCUAUGAUCCAAGGACGAUAAGCCUAAGAUCUUGUUUUCUCACUAGCUACAUAAGUAGUAUAUACUUGUAAAUUUCAUGAGCAUUUCGUUGACCUAAGACAGGUCAUAGUAUCGUUAAAAUAUUGUUAUUCACCAUCGUAAUGAUAAAAAAAUGUAUUUUUGAGGCAUUGUGACUUGAGAGUGUCGUCCUCUUCUCUUGCAUUUUUAUACUUAUUUCGAUGAAAGUCUUCGACUUUGGUUACAAGCGUCGAUACCCAGCUGGAUUAAUCCAAUAUACUUAUCUGGGUAGUAGCUGACUCUUUCUGUAAAGUUACUGUUUUGUACUUUUGGAACUUGUGGGUUAUGCACUGAAUGUGUUCGAUGAAAUGCGUGAACGAGAUUUUGUGACCUUUUCAGCUGGAAGCAAGCGAGUCAAGAUUAUCACUAUUAGCACUCUCAGCUUCUCUGUUUGCUUGGUUUUGGUGCUUGUUGCAUAUGGUUGUUGGAGAUACAGAGUAAAACUAUACGGCAUGGGACUCUUGGAGCGAAACCGGGGGAGUGAACCUACUGGAUGAAGAUCUUGCUGAUUCUGAUUCAGUUAAUUCAGUUGAAGCAGGAAGAUGUGUUCAUAUUGUUCUGCUCUGUAUUCAGCAUCAAGCUAUUGAUAGACCAAACAUCAAACAAGUUAUGUCAAUGCUGACUUCAACAA